AUUCAGUAGGACCUAGACUAUUCUGCUUUUUCGGGUGUUUGUGUGAUGCCCUUCUACUUCUAUUUUUUCUGAAUUAUUUAGUUUUAAUUCUUCUGCUGGGAAUGGAAAAUCAGAAAUGAAAGCGAAAAUUGUGAUCAUGGAAAAGAUUAUUAAAGGGAAAGAACAUUUAGAAUAUCUGUCAAACAUCAAAAAACUUGCAGAGACGAUAACUGUUCCAACUGGAAUAGACGUGAAAAUUUCAAUCAAGAAACACAUGCCUAAAAAAAAUUUUGGAAAUGUCGAAGUUGUUUAUCAACACGGAAGAAGGAAAACCGGAAUCAUUCAAUUAUCCAACAACGAUGCGUAUUUGAUGUUUGGACCAAGACGACAAAUGAUAACAGUAGAAGAACAUUUCCGCAGACGCUACAACGUGGAGCUAAGACACCCGAAACUAAGACUAUUCCAUUUCACCAACGAGACGCAGGCAAAAUCACCGGUGGAAACACCUUUUUUUUUAAAUCACAAAAAAAGUUCUUUCUUAACCUUUUUUAACUGUUUUUUUAAUACUUUUAAACAAAUAAAAUUUAUUUUUUCUUUUUUAAACUUAAAAAAAAAUACCGUACACAGUCUCCUCAGCUGA